UUCCAUUUGCAAACUCCACUCCAUUUUCAGUCCAACGUAAACAGUGAACAAAGAAGAAGAAUUGUCUGAAGCCAAAACCAAACCAAUCAACAAACACACUUCCAACUACCCACAUUCAUUGACCGAACAAACCAGUAAAAAAUACUACCUAAUACUUCUGUCGUAUUUAUUAACUCGCAUAAAUAUAACUACCUAACAAACAUGUUAAGCCGCGCAUCGAAAGCUGUCUUAUUUAAUAACCAUUGUCUUAUAAGACUCCCUUUGUACAACUGGCGCUUUUGCCGUGAAAAUCUCUGUGAUUCUUCGCGUUUUCGAGCUCUUUUAACCAGGGGAGAGUCCCAGUUCUGCCUCUCGCAAGCUCGUUUUCUUUCUUCAUUACGAUCUUCUACAUUCAUGGAGGUUGUCAAAGCAGCUUGUAGACAAGGUUCUGUGGCUCUUGAUAGUGUUGCAAUUAGAGCUGAUGAGAAGAGUUACAGUUACACACAACUUGUCUCAUCUGCCUUAAGAAUAUCUAGGCUGUUGAGCAGUAAUGACCUUAAUGCUUCAGCUGUGCCAGCUGGAGGGUGUGGAGCACGGAUAGGAAUUGUGGCUAAGCCUUGUGCUGAGUUUGUUGCAGCAGUACUAGGGACUUGGUUUAGUGGACGUGUUGCAGUUCCACUUGCACUGAGCUACCCUGAGUCUGAACUCUUGCAUGUGAUGCAUGAUUCGGAUAUAUCCAUGGUACUAAGUACAGAGGAUUAUCAUGAAGUCAUGCAAAAUGUUGCUUCAAAAAGUGCUGCUCAAUUUUCUCUAAUCCCACUUGUUCCCAAUGUUUCUUCAGAGACGACUACACAUGAUCACUCUGAAGUUGAAGAAAUAGAUGCAGAUAGAGGUGAGGACCCAGCAUUAAUUGUUUACACAAGUGGUACAACUGGGAAACCAAAAGGAGUUGUUCAUACACACAGAAGCAUUAAUGCACAGGUCCAAAUGUUAGCUGAGGCUUGGGGGUAUACAUCAGCUGAUCAAUUUCUGCAUUGUCUACCACUACAUCAUGUGCACGGACUUUUCAAUGCUUUAUUUGCCCCUCUUUAUGCGGGUGCCACGGUUGAGUUCAUGCCAAAAUUCAGUGUGAGGGGAAUCUGGCAGAGGUGGCGUGAAUCAUAUCCAUUGAAUGGGAUCAAGUCUGGUGAUGCAACAACUGUUUUUACUGGAGUUCCGACAAUGUAUACCCGAUUGAUACAAGGUUAUGAAGUUAUGGAUACAGAGCUGCAAACUGCUUCUGCUUCUGCCGGAAGACAGUUGCGCCUUAUGAUGUGUGGCUCCUCUGCACUCCCUCUUCCUGUCAUGCAACAAUGGGAAACCAUCACAGGGCACCGCCUUUUGGAACGUUAUGGUAUGACUGAGUUUGUCAUGGCCAUAUCAAAUCCUUUAAGAGGUGAACGAAAGCCAGGCACUGUCGGCAAACCAUUUCCUGGCGUGGAGGUCAAGAUUGCUGAAGACGAGAGUGGAAGUGAUACAGUGGGAGUGGGAGAGCUUUGCGUUAAAAGCCCUUCAUUGUUUAAGGAAUACUGGAAACUUCCAGAGGUAACUGAGAACUCAUUUACUGAUGAUGGCUUCUUUAAGACUGGGGACACUGGAAAAGUGGAUGAAGAUGGAUACUUCAUCAUUUUGGGACGUACAAACGCAGAUAUUAUGAAGGUUGGUGGAUACAAAUUAUCUGCAUUGGAAAUUGAAUCAGUUAUUCUAGAGCAUCCGGUUGUUGCAGAAUGUUGUGUAUUGGGCUUACCAGACAAAGACUAUGGAGAUGCUGUAUCAGUGAUUAUUGUGCCUGACGAAGAAGCAAGGAAAAAGCAAAAGGAAUCAGCAAAGCCUGUUAUAAGCUUGGAAGAACUUUGCACAUGGGCUAAAGACAAACUUGCACCAUACAAGCUACCAACCCGAUUAUUCUUGUGGGACUCGCUGCCCCGAAAUGCUAUGGGAAAGGUGAAUAAGAAAGAGUUGAAGAAACAACUGGCUGCAGAUCAAUGAUCCCAUUUGGUUGUAAAUCAGAAGCGGGAACUGCAACAGCCAUUUUUUGAAUACGUAUAUUCAAACCAGAGGCAUCCAUUCAUUGUUUUCCUUUUGGUUGUGACCAAAAAGUGUAAGAGUGUGUGUAAUAUAUAGUUGUGAAGCGGCUAGUAAGACUUACAUUUCCUUAGGCAAUUUAAGCCUUACACCAACUCUUACAUAUAUAUAAGGAAGAAUAAUAUUUACCCAUUGUGCUGGCUUA